UUCCGUAGGCAGUGAAGAGGUGUUUCCAGAAUUGUGAGAGGAAGCGAGGAUCUCGGUCAUUGAUGAUGUUCUCGGGGAGGCCGUGAUGGCGAGCAACAUGGUCGAAGAAGAGUGUGGCGACGUCUUUGGCAAUGUGCGAGGUCGUGCAAGGGACGAAGUGGGCACAUUUGGUCAAGCGGCAGAGAAUGACGUAGAUGCAAUCAUGCCCGCGGUCGGUCUUGGGGAGGCAGCACACGAAGUCCAUGGAGAUGGACUGCCACCGGAUGGAGGAGACGAUGGUGUUGUCAGUGCGGAUGGUGAAGUAUUGCCCGUGAGGUACGGGCGCCAGACUGUGAGAGUGAAUCAUGAGGAGUUCCUUCUCGUUGGAGGGGUAAUUCAUCUCCGCGGGAAGGAGCUUCUUGCUUGCGAAGGCGAUGGGGUGUUCGCCAGGUGGAGCCUCGGGGUGAGUGGGCGAGUCCUUGAUGGAGGGGGUCUCGGCGGUGUCGCAGGGGAAAUGUUGGGACAGUACGGUUCCAAUGGCGAAGUCAGAGGCGUAAGUGGUGACAUAGAAAUGGCGAGUGGGGUCGGCGAUCUUGUGGACAGGGGCCGUGGUGAUGGUUUGCACGACGGAGACAAUGUGGCUGAGGUAUUCGACGCUCGAAGCGGCAAACGUACAUCUGCCGAGCUUGGCGUAGAAUUUCUGCUCUCGGAGGAUCCAAAGGACUUGGCGGAGGUGUUGAAGGUGGGACUCGAAGGUGGGGCUGAAGACAAGGAUGUCAUCAAGGUAGACGACGACACAAACUUCCAGGAGGUUGCGGAAGAUGUGGUUCAUGACGCGAUGUCGAUGCCGGGACAAUGUCCUGGGGACUGUGUUCAUGAUGAGGAGGGACUCGUGCUUGCCGAGGGCGGUGAUGCGGAGGUUACGGGUCGAGUGGAGGCGGACUGGCGGGUGAAUUGUGCGGUGUUGGGGCAGUUGGUUUGUUGGUGCCCUAAUUGGCGACAACGGAAGCAACCCCCGUUUGCUUGGAGGGGUGAUGUGAUGGAAAAAGCGGGUGUGGGAGGGGGCGGGCUCGGGCUGGUGAUGGGGGUGGAGGAGUCGAUCGUGGUGRAGCAUGCGAGAGAGGAGGUCAGCAAGGGGCAUGUCGGGUUCGUGGGCGAGGGCGGUUGCAAGGUCUUUCUGGCAUACUUGUUUGAUGCGGGAGAUGAACGCAAAGUCGGGAAUGACGGUGGUGGGGAGGUGGUGGCGGAGGGAGUGGACAUAUUGGACGAAGCGGUCCGUGGGACCGGUCUGAUGGAGGUGGCAGAAUUGUUCAAGGUAGUCAUCAAUGGUUUUCUGGGGGCGGAAGGUGGCAGUGAGAAGGUUGGCCCAUUGGAGGAAGGAGUGACGUGGUCCUCCGGAGGCUCGACGGUUGCUGACUUCAGCCAUCCACCAUCUGAUGGCAUUGCCGAGGAGGCGGGAGGUGGCAAUGGGGAGCCAGUGGGCAAGGGGCAUGUGGUGGAGGUGAAAAGAGUUCUGGAGCUGGGGGUGGGGGGAAGGGUUGAGGAGGAAGGGUUGGUGGAUAUGGUGGUAGAGGUGGUAGGAGUGGAGGAGGUCGGCGGGGGGGUGUUGCUGGAGGCGGUUGUGGAGGAGGGAGUGGUCUACGCCGUGGAGGAGGGAGGUGCGGCCGUGGUGACGACCGUGAUGGAGGAUGCGGCCAUGUCGGGGGAAGAGGGGGUGGAGGACGCGACCUGAACAGAUGUGGAGGAUGCAGCAGCAACGGUGGCGGCGCCAGCAGCGGCGGUGUCGGCGGCGACGCGUUGGGAGUUUUUGGUUUGGCGUGGUGGCAUGUGGAGGGAAGGGGGUGGGCAAUCCCUUAUCUAUUUAUCAAUAAAUUCAAAAAUAAAGAUAAUUGCCAAGAUUUUUUGGAAAGUAGGGAACUUUAUUUAUUUCGAAAUUAAUUUGGGUAGAACAAAAUUUUGAAGGAUCC